AUGGAGGCUCCUCACGAGGGAGAACCCCUAUUUCUUCUCAUCCCCAGCUACACCAGAGGAGGGGGAUUUUUCCAUUUUUGCUUCUUCCCCACAGCAGUGGGCAGAGACCCACGAGCUCCUGUCUCUCAUCCUUCCCCUGGCACACAAGCUUCACUUCUCCCCCUGCAGCCAACCAAAAGUUUCUUCUCCCUUCAGCCGGGAUUUUUUGGCUCUUCUUCUCGCCAGCCUAGAGCUUGGCUCUUAGGGGGACUGCGUUCCCCUUCUCAGCACCUUUCCCUUCUUCUCCUUUUCCCUUCCACCCGACAACCCACACAGAGACAGCCCUCAUUUCCAGCUCCUUCCCCCAAACACAGCCGCCCCUCACCUCCCCUCACCUCACCAGACCUCUCUCUCACAGAAACUAGCCGCCCCCCUCACCAGGCUCCCCUCUUCCAGCCAACAGAAAAGCUGCCGUCCCCCGGGGUCCUUGGUUGUUGUUUUCAGAACAGAGCCAAGGACCCCCCUGCCAUUUCAGCUCUUCACCGUCGCCCUCUACCCACAGCACCGAUACCCACUAGAUCUGCCAAGAGGAGUGAAGAUCGGACAGCCAUCCCCUCUCCAUCGCAGCUUCACCCGGCUGACCACAUAGAACCGCCACGCCCACAGCCACCGAGACACAGUCGCCUGAUCUGCCACCUGAGGAAGGGAGAAAACAGAAGUGAAGCAGAUUUGAAAAAGGAGAAGACCGAAACAGAUCCGAAAAAGAAAGAAAAAUUAAAAUCAACUGCCUGUGUUGUGUUCGGUUGCUUUGCAGGUCACCGCCGGCGUAGGGAGACUGAGAAGAAGAAGUCGAUCCAGACACCCCCUGUUGCUUGGUUUUUCUGUGGCGGCGCGUGAACCCACGCGCCGCCAGUGGCGGUGGCGCGUGGGAAGACGCGCCGCCACUGUUCUCGCGCCCAGAAAUCCUGCUGAACACUGUUCCGGCUUGCAGAAGGUGUUCCCUGUAAAUUCCAGAUUGUUUUGGGGCUGUUAUUGUAAUUUUAAUGUAAUUUUUUGUUUAUUUGUUUUGAAAUUGUAUUUUGUACCGUGGAUGUAAAAAAAGAAAAGAAAAGAAAGAAAGAUAAAACAAUGAUAGAAAAAGAGAUGUGUGUGUGUUUGUGUAUUUUUUUUUAUGUAUGUUAUUGAAUCAAAGAAAAAAAUGAAUUUAAUAUUUUAAUUUA